UCCGUAAAGAAUUAUUUAAAUAGAAGUAACAUCCGGUUAUGGUUUAUGUGUCAUUAUAAGCGCUCACGCAUAUUGAUUUUAUUUCAGUAGCGCGAUAAUGAAUUGCGUGGUUAGACUGGCUAUUGUUACCUUCCUUGUAAGGGGCAUCUAUGCCGGCUACUGCAGGACAACGUACUCCUGUCAAGGAUCAUGUUUAACUUCGCAGACUUAUUACACAGGAUGCGGAUUUUUGUGGUUGAGCAGAUGUGCCAAAUCUCGAACCGUUUACAAGCAAUGUGCACAAACAUGCUAUAGAAAUGAAUGCUGUUUGGGCUAUUCCGGAAGUAGCUGUAGCACCCCUUCGUGUUUUGGGUCAUAUUCGUGUCCUAACGGUGGUACAUGCCAAUCUCCAGACAUGUGUAGAUGUCCACGUGGCUUCUCCUCGCCAAGGUGUAAUGAUAUCAACGAAUGCAGCAGCAGCGGUCACGGUUGUCAACACAAUUGUGUCAAUACUCAUGGCUCUUACCGUUGUACAUGUAGAGCAGGCUUUACACUGACCUCGGAUCUCAAGUCAUGUCAAGACAUAAACGAAUGCAAUGUCAACAAUGGAGGAUGUAGUCACAAAUGCAACAACAAUGUCGGAUCCUUCUCUUGUAGCUGUAGGACAGGAUACACAUUUGGUACUGACGGACGAUCAUGUAACGAUGUGGAUGAAUGCAUGCUCGGAACAGCAGCUUGUUCUCAUAAAUGUACAAACACUGAAGGUUCCUUUACAUGCUCAUGUAAUACUGGAUAUACUUUAGGUGUCGACAGACGGUCGUGUGAAGAUGUCGACGAGUGUGUUGAAGGAACAGCCAAAUGUGAUGGUUACUGCAACAACAUCCCUGGGUCUUACACAUGUUACUGCGACCCUGGCUAUAUCACUGACAUUACCGGGUAUUCCUGCAAAGACGUGAAUGAGUGCGACACUCGAAACGGCGGCUGUGCUCAAACAUGUAUAAAUGAGCCAGGUUCACACAGGUGUGAAUAUCAAAUCGGAUACAAAGCUGUGUUUUCAAGUACAGAUAGCGAAGUGUGUGAAGAUAUAGACGAAUGCAUGGAGUCAAUUGCAUUAUGCUCUCAAAUUUGUGACAACACAGAUGGGUCCUUCAAGUGUAGUUGUAAUAGUGGUUUCAACCUUAACACAGAAGGUAUUUCUUGUAUAGACGUUGAUGACUGUGAAGGUGUUGUAUGCAUGAAUAAAGGUACAUGUGUUGAUGGGUUGAAUAAAUACACGUGUACUUGUGACACAGGUUUCCGCGGCAAACACUGCGAAACAGAUAUUAAUGAGUGCGAUUUUGCAAAUGGGGGUUGUCAAGAUGUAUGCACAAACUCAGAAGGUUCGUUUUACUGCAGUUGUUCAGGGAAUCGAGAGCUAAGCGAGGAUGGUUUCUCGUGUUUUGGAGGGGAAGAAGAAACCCAGACUGUGUUUGAACGACUCGAAAUUCCUCGACAGCUCCUGCCGAAAGCGUGUUUCACUGUAACGCUUGCCCAAUGCGUAGAUGGAAAUGACAUUACAAUCUAUUUAAGCUCUACAACGCACUGGUAUAAACUACAUGUUGAUCAAGACGUGAUGUUUACACACGGUGUUGUCUUUGCUAACGUAAACAAUUUCUCUGUGCCAAUAUCACUAAAGGGACUUGAGGUGAUUAAACGAAAUGACGAGUUUACGUUAAAGUAUGGGUCGCUGUACGAAUUGACUGAAGGAGCAAUAAUGGAAAGUGGAAAAACAGACGAUGUUUGUGCAGCGUUUGAACUUGUUGAAAGUGAUAUAUUCGAUUUCAUAAGUAUGGACUCCUUUAUGAAUACUUUAUUGUUCUCGCUUUUUACUGCAAUUCCUUCCUGGCUAAGAUUUGAAAAAUCAAGAACUGAGAUAUUGUCUAUUCAAGAUACAAAAACUACUCUCGUUUAUGGGAAAGACAUGGAUGAUGUGUCGUGGUGUGACGGUGCACCAGUUAUCUCAAAUCAUUUAUACACGGUAUUUAGGUUUAGUACAGGAUUUAAGCUCAACAUAUUCGGGGAUGUAAUAGACAUACCAAAACCAUUUAGUUCGAGACGAUUUUGCUUGAUUGUCGACCUUUGCCAACAUAACGGCGGGACAGUGUUUUUGAUGAUACCAGAUGGUUCCCGAGAUAUGUUAUUAGACAUUAGCAUGUUCCAAGCGCUAAAGAAUAGACAAAACUUGCACAUUCGUCCGAGAGGAAUCGGCAUUUCACUUUUGAAAGGGAUAAAUGCAAAUUACCACACUUUAUCUGGACAACUCUGGAAUGGAGACACAAUGUUUACACCAUUUCAGCCAAAUGUAAAUGUCUGGAUAGGUGGUGAGAUCAGCAAAUAUGACAAACAUUUUACAGUUGAAGGAAACGCUGAUAUUUAUUUUGGUGUUCCAAGCAUUCAAACAAUAUUAACAUCAAUGUUUGUAGAAGAGUGGACAGGAUUUAUCGAUAUCCAACUAUCUUUGUCACCUAUUCUCCGAUUUGAUUUAUUUGGCAAGGAACGUUCCGUGACCCUUCCAUUGCUUACAUCUACUGCAAAUGCAUAUAUUUCUAUCGGAGGUUCAAGUCGUCAAUGGUGUGGUGAUGGUUCAAACCCAGAAGGAUUGUAUCUCUCAGUAAUGGUUGAAUUAAACCCAUUUAAGGGAAUACCUUUUCUGAAAGAAAUUUCUUCAUUAAAUCGUGUUCAUUUGUUUAUGAACACAGAUCCAAAAGAUAAUCCUUUAGAAGGAAUACGGUUUAGUAUAGCAAACGAUAUACUAAAACUUGACAAUUUCUUAAACAAAACCACAGAAAUACUUAACGAAGGAUUGUUUAAUAUCGAACUCGCUGUUUCAAAUACAAUUGAAACAGUUGUUGUACAAAUAAAAGAUUCUUUAAAUAUAAUUAAGACAAAAAUACACGUACAUUUAAAUGAUUUGUUUACUGGAGACUAUAAAGAGCUGAUCAAAGAUAUCAAUGGUAUCCACAAAAACCUAGAACAUAUAAGGUCAGCACUUAUUGUUUUAAAAGAUAGAACUGAAUUUGUUAUAAAUGAAUCGAAAGAUCAGUUUGUAAAACUACUAGAUGAUCAUGUCAAAAUGAUAGAGGAUAGUGUCAGAAAUAUAACGAAAAUUAUAAGUGAUAAUAUUGUAUCUUCUGUUGGAAACUACACGGGCUUUGGAUUGAAGUUCACCUCAGACUGGACUUUUUAAAGUUUAAAAUUCGCUGGAUUCGACUUUGAAUUGAUAUAUUCAAGUGGAGACCUUUUUAGAUGUAGCCGUUUUGAAGCCGUUAAGAAAUUACUGGAUGGGGAAAAUGCUGUGCGAGUUCUAGGAAGGGUUUCAAAAGAAUACAAAUUUGGAAAAUUUCUUAAAUAUGAGAAAGGAGCAGGUUUAGGCAUUGCACUUUCGACAACUUCGUCAACUGUUCUCUUGCAUUUGCAGGCACAUAUAAAAAUGCUAGGUAUAAAAGUAACUGGAGAUCUUUUUAUAAGCAUAAAAGGCCUAUAUUUUUAUUUAGAAGGAAACAUCUGGGACAUUUUCUUAGCUCAAAUAGACGUUGAAGCGGAGGUAGGGAAAGACUGGGAUGAACUGACUUUUCAUCUUCGUGGACGAUUUGUUGCAAAAGCAAGGAAACGCCGUGAUUACAUCAUGGAAACAUCAUUGGUACCACUCCGCAAUCAGUAUUAUCAAAGACAUCGUCGACAGGUACAAACAGAAAGUUCUUCUUUUCAAAGCAGUUACUUGGAUGCUUUGAAGAAAGUUAUCCGGAUGAUAUCGGAUGAAGCACAAAAACGGUUAACUCAGGUGCAAAACGCACUCACUUCAGCACAAAAUGGAUUAACUAAAGCACAAGAUUGGUUAGACAAAAAGCAAAAAGACGUCAGAGCUGCAAACGUUGUUUUUGACAAUGCUGUAGAAAAACUUGAACAAACAAAGCAAAACCUUGAAAAUGCAAAGGGGCCUCUGCGUGAAGCAAUACAAAAAUUGGAAAAAGCACAGCGAAAUAUCAAUAAUUUGUGUAAAAUAAGGACAUGCAAAAAAGUUUGCAUACCUGGCAUUAAAUGUAGAAUUUGCUUUAAGAAAGUUUGGUUUGUAAAGAUACCUUAUCCAUGCUGCAAAUUCACAAGUUGUAUGAUAAGUUUUCCAGAUCCAUUUUGCGUCCUGGCAAAUAUAGCUUGCUGGAUCAUUCGAGCUGCAGCUUAUAUUGUACUAGAACUUGCAAAAAUAUUUGUAAGGGCUGCGAUGCUUGCAUAUGAUGUUGCUAUAGCAGCUGUUUCAGUUGCUCAGUUCGUAGUAGAUAAAUCUCGUGUUGUUUUGGUUGUGGCAGAAGGAAUUUUAGAAUUAGCAAAAAUUGGCCUUGAUGUAGCAAAAGGCGUUUUAGAGGCAGCAAAAAUUGCUUUAGAAGCAGUCAAAAUUGUCAUCGGCGCUGCGGCUGAAGUUCUUCAAUUUGUCAUAGAGUAUGGCUUGAAAACGAGAAUAGAUGUUAAAAACUGUGGAUUCGAUAUAAAAAUGUCAACCAAAGAUCUUCCUGUAUUUGAAGUUUCAUGUGAAGUGAAUGCAUUUAAGCUCGGCUGGACCGAAAUUAAAUUAAAAAUAAAUUUUAAAAACAUAUUGCAGAGUAUUUGGCAGGCAGCACGGGCAACAAUUAAAGCUAUAAUUGAUACUUUUGGCGGAAUAUUUUCUGGUCGUAAACGUAGAGAUAUAGAGUUCGAUGCCUCAUCAAGAAUGCAUGUGUUGCUUCGCAAAAUUCGGGAAUCGGAUGAUGUUAACAAUACCUUAAAUAACCUUGAUGAAACGAUUGAUUUGAGUAAAAAUAUCAGUGGCUUUCGUGGAUCAGAAGAGAGUGAUUCUGGGAGUAGAGUAGAAUUAUAUAGGGAAAAAUGUUUAACAAUAACAUUGAUACAGAGCUUUAUGCAAGACUCUUUCAAUUCUUUGCAAGAAGUUGUAAAUGAUUCGAAAGCUUACAUCGGAGAAGUUGACAAUGUAAAGAGGCAGCUACAAGAGUUUAGCAGUAUAAAUGUACCAUCUGAAAACAUGACAAGUGACAGCGUCGGGAUAAGUAGCGAAUAUGCUGCUGUGGAUUACAAUAUGACAGAUAAUGACAUUGACAAAGCAAUCAAUGAUACAAAAACGGCAGCUGCUGAAGAUCCACUGCUUAUUGAAAUUAAGUCGGCGGUAAGUGUUUCAAGUAAAAGCGUGGAUGAUGAAAUGAAAUCUGUUGAGACAAUUGAUUAUCAAAAUGCCUGGUUUACGUCGAUGAAAAAUAUGACAAGGAAUUAUUUCAAUGAAUCCGAAUGCGAAGACUUCCAGGACUGCAUAUUUUACGCUAUUUCCAACUUGUACGUUCUUUAUGAAUCAGAAACUAUUCCAAAUAUAUCAAACAUCCAACAGUCAAUUCUUGAUCUUGAAAGUUUACUGAUUCAAACAUUUCAGAACGAAUCUUCCUCUAUAAUUGAUACUGCAUCCGCAUUUGAGUAUGUUCUCUUUAACAUUAACAGGCUUGUCAGUAUGAAUUUAUUUUGCUCAGAGGCUCCGACGUUUGUAAAACAGCUUCACAAUCAGACUGUCUUAUACGGCAGCGAUGUAUCAUUAUUCUGCAAUGCUAUAGGCGAUCCGGAACCUGAUUUUAUUUGGCUGAAGAAUGAUACGAUUAUCCCAGGAGAAGGUUUCAAUAUUCUGACCGUUUUAAACGUUACAGAAAUUGAUUCUUAUGACAAGUACAAUUGUAUUGCUGGGAAUGUAGUGACUAAUAUCACCUCUUCCGAUGCUUAUAUAAAUGUUGUACUUCAAGAUGUCAAUGAAUGUAAACAUGGUGGACAUAACUGUUCACACUUGUGUAUCAACACGAUAGGGUCAUACAUGUGCUCCUGCUUUGAAGGAUAUUCUCUUGAUGAAGAUGGAAUUGCAUGUUCAGAUAUUAAUGAAUGUAGUGCGAAACAGAGACCUUUUGGUUGCAAUCAGAUCUGCAACAACACAGUUGGUUCAUUCACCUGUUCCUGUAAUGAUGGGUAUAUACUACAAGACGACAAGAGAACAUGUGUUGAUAUAGAUGAAUGCCUGGAAGACAAUGGUGGUUGUCAUCACACAUGUAGCAACACGGAUGGUUCAUUUUACUGUUCCUGUAACAACGGAUACGAUUUAAAUGGAAACAACAGAACAUGUGUCGACAUUGAUGAAUGCCUCUUUAACAACGGAGGUUGUAAUCACAUAUGUAGCAACAUAGAUGGUUCAUAUAACUGUUUAUGUAACGAUGGGUAUGAUCUAACUGGAAACAACAGAACAUGCGUCGAUAUUGAUGAAUGCCUCGUCAACAACGGUGGUUGCAGUCAUGUGUGCACAAACACAGAGGGUUCAUUUACAUGUUCCUGCAACGACGGAUUUGAAAUACUAGGUAACGAGGGAACAUGUAUCGAUAUUGACGAGUGCAUUGUUGACAAUGGGGGUUGUGAUCACAAUUGUAGCAAUACGGACGGCUCGUUUACCUGUUUUUGUAACGAAGGAUUUAGUGUACAUGAUAAUAAUAGAACAUGUGUCGAUAUUAACGAAUGUUUUGACGGCAACGGUGGCUGUGAUCACAUAUGUAGCAAUUUAAAUGGCUCGUUUAGCUGUUCCUGUAACCACGGGUACAGUUUAGAUGGAAAUAAUAGAACAUGCAUCGAUAUUAAUGAAUGUCUAAGUAACAAUGGUGGUUGCGAUCAUGCCUGCAGCAACAAGGACGGCUCGUUUAUUUGUUCUUGUAAGGAAGGGUAUAGUUUACAUGAAAAUAACAGGACAUGUAUCGAUAUUAAUGAAUGCCUUAAUGACAACGGGGGCUGUGAUCACAUGUGUAACAACACAAAUGGACAUUUCACCUGCACCUGUAAAGACGGAUAUAAUUUACAUGAAAAUGAUUGGACUUGUACCGAUACGAACGAAUGUCUCAACAAUAACGGUGGUUGUUUUCACACAUGUAGCAACACGGAAGGUUCAUUUAUUUGUUCCUGUAACGACGGGUUUGAUUUACAUACUGACAGGCGAACAUGUAUCGACAAUAACGAAUGUCUUGAUAACAACGGUGGUUGCGAACAAAUUUGCACCAACAUUGAAGGCUCUUUCACCUGUUCCUGUAACGACGGAUUUGAUUUACAAGGAAAUGAGGGAACAUGUAUUGAUAUUGACGAAUGCAAUUUUGACAAUGGGGGUUGUGAUCACAACUGCCGGAACACGAGCGGCUCGUAUAUCUGUUUUUGUAACGAAGGAUUUAGUAUUCAUGAAAAUAAGAGAUCAUGUGUUGAUAUAAAUGAAUGUAUUGAUGGCAACGGUGGCUGUGAUCACAUAUGUAGCAACUUGGAUGGCUCGUUUAGCUGUUCCUGUAACGACGGGUACAGUUUAGAUGAAAAUAACAGAACAUGCACCGAUAUAAAUGAAUGCCUAAGUAACAAUGGUGGUUGUGACCACGCCUGCAGCAACAAGGACGGCUCGUAUAUUUGUUCUUGUGAGGACGGAUACAGUUUACAUGAAAAUAACAGAACGUGUAUCGAUAUUAAUGAAUGUCUUUAUGACAACGGUGGUUGCAACCACAUGUGUAACAACACAAUUGGACAUUUCACCUGCACCUGUAAGGAAGGAUAUAAUUUACAUGAAAAUGAUAGGACCUGUACCGAUAUGAACGAAUGUCUCAACAAUAAUGGUGGCUGUUUUCACACAUGUAGCAACACAGAAGGUUCAUUCAUUUGUUCCUGUAUCGACGGGUAUGAUUUACAUGCUGACAGGCGAACAUGUAUCGACAAUAACGAAUGUCUUGAUAACAACGGUGGUUGCGCACAUAUUUGCACCAAUACAGAUGGCUCUUUCACCUGUGACUGUAAUGACGGUUUUGAUUUGCAAGGAAGUGAGGAAACAUGUAUCGACAUUGAUGAGUGCGUUGUUGACAAUGGGGGUUGUGAUCACAACUGCAGGAACACGGACGGCUCGUUUACCUGCUUUUGUAACGAAGGAUUUAGUAUUCAUAAAGAUAACAGAACAUGUGUCGAUAUAAACGAAUGUAUUGACGGCAACGGUGGCUGUGAUCACAUAUGUAGCAACUUGGAUGGCUCGUUUAGCUGUUCCUGUAAUAACGGGUACAGUUUAGAUGAAAAUAACAGAAUAUGCAUCGAUAUUAAUGAAUGCCUAAGUAACAAUGGUGGUUGUGAUCACGCCUGCAGCAACAAGGAUGGCUCGUUUAUUUGUUUUUGUAAGGACGGGUAUAAUUUGCAUGAAAAUAACAGGACAUGUAUCGAUAUUAAUGAAUGUCUUAAUGACAACGGUGGCUGCGAUCACAUAUGUAACAACACAAAUGGACAUUUCACCUGCACCUGUAAGGAAGGAUAUAAUUUACAUGAAAAUGAUAGGACCUGUACCGAUAUGAACGAAUGUCUCAACAAUAAUGGUGGCUGUUUUCACACAUGUAGCAACACAGAAGGUUCAUUCAUUUGUUCUUGUAUCGACGGGUAUGAUUUACAUACUGACAGGCGAACAUGUAUCGACAAUAACGAAUGUCUUGAUAACAACGGUGGUUGCGCACAUAUUUGCACCAAUACAGAUGGCUCUUUCACCUGUGCCUGUAAUGACGGUUUUGAUUUGCAAGGAAGUGAGGAAACAUGUAUCGACAUUGAUGAGUGCGUUGUUGACAAUGGGGGUUGUGAUCACAACUGCAGGAACACGGACGGCUCGUUUACCUGCUUUUGUAACGAAGGAUUUAGUAUUCAUAAAGAUAACAGAACAUGUGUCGAUAUAAACGAAUGUAUUGACGGCAACGGUGGCUGUGAUCACAUAUGUAGCAACUUGGAUGGCUCGUUUAGCUGUUCCUGUAAUAACGGGUACAGUUUAGAUGAAAAUAACAGAAUAUGCAUCGAUAUUAAUGAAUGCCUAAGUAACAAUGGUGGUUGUGAUCACGCUUGCAGCAACAAGGAUGGCUUGUUUAUUUGUUUUUGUAUGGACGGUUAUAAUUUGCAUGAAAAUAACAGGACAUGUAUCGAUAUUAAUGAAUGUCUUAAUGACAACGGUGGUUGCAACCACAUGUGUAACAACACAAUUGGACAAUUCACCUGCACUUGUAAGGAAGGAUAUAAUUUACAUGAAAAUGAUAGGACCUGUACCGAUAUAAACGAAUGUCUCAACAAUAACGGUGGUUGUCUUCACGCAUGUAGCAACACGGAAGGUUCUUUCAUGUGUUCCUGUAACGAUGGGUACGAUUUACAUACUGACAGGCAAACAUGUAUCGACAAUAACGAAUGUCUUGAUAAAAACGGUGGUUGUGACCAUAUAUGCACCAACAAUGAUGGCUCAUUUAUCUGUUCCUGUAACGACGGAUAUAGUUUACAUGAUGACAAAAAGACAUGUGUCGACAUAAACGAAUGCCUUGCUGAUAAUGGUGGUUGCGGUCAGGUAUGCAUCAAUGUUAAUGGGUCUUUCAGUUGUUCAUGCACCGACGGAUAUAAAGUACAUGUAAACAAAAAGGUAUGCAUCGACAUUAAUGAAUGUCUUGACAAAAAUGGUGGCUGUAAACACAAAUGUGAAAAUCUUGACGGAUCAUUCAAAUGUAUGUGUCAAGACGGGUACAAUCUUGACUUUGACAUGGUUUCAUGUUUUGAUAUAAACGAAUGUGCAGAUCAAAAUGGCAAGUGUGAAGAGAAGUGUAUCAACUUCGAUGGAACAUACAAAUGUGUUUGUGAAGAUAAACGACUUUUGAAUGAGGACGGUUUAACAUGUAAAGAUGUGAGUGAACAAGCGGUAUCUUCAACUAUUCGCCUCUCUAUAGGAAGUGAAAUAGUUUUAAGAAACUACUCUUUGUAUACAGAAAUAAGGAAAACAUUGGAGGGAUACUUCAGAACGGCAACAAAAGCUUCUGUUUACGUUUAUGUCAACAGUAUAAGAGCCGGAAGUAUUAUUGUAGAUUACACAGUAGUUAUUGAUGACAAGAAAAAUCAGACGUUGGUAGCUGAUAUUGUUGUUCAGGCAAUUAUGGAUCUAGAUGAAGAAGGAAGCCUUGAUAUUGACGGAAAUCGUGUUCCAGUCAAACCGAUAUUACCAACACAUGCAGACCCAUGUUAUCUACGGGAACUUCUUGCAGGACAGUGUGAUAAGAAUAGUCGUUGUCAAGUUGUUGGCAACAAGCCAAUUUGUCGAAAUACGUAUGACGAAAGUGUCAAAGAGGACUAUCUUAUAAUUGUUGGACCAGUCUUGGGAGCUGUUGCUUUUGUAGUGGCAGUAAUAAUGUUGAUAAUUUGUGCGCUGCAGAUCAGACGCUACCGAAAGCAAUGGCGGCACAACAGAGGAAAAGCCUCACACGAGUCAGGAAUAUAUGAAGUACCACCUUACUUAGGUCGAAAGAACCUGAUUUGGAGUUUUAACAGAGGGGCCGCCUGCUCUCCUUCAUUACCAAGUUUCAAGGCAAAUGGUGGCCGUUCAUUCCCGUGGAUGGCUGAUGGCAACGAUUUGAAUUCUGCAUACAUGGAUGGACAAUGAUGACCAAAUUGGUUCUGAAUAAUUCAGUUCAUGUAUUUUACAGAUGGCGCGUUUACGCAAACGUUAUUUUUAAAUGUUUAGACAUUCAUAGUUUACGCGAGAAUAUUAGCAAUGUAUUUCAUAUCACAUAUUUUUAAUCAGAAUUGUCAUACAUAUGAUUCAUUUACUUUUCAUCAUUGAUACUUAAAAAAGCUUAUUUUGUUAUAAUUGCAAAAUGUCACUUGAAAUGACUGUAAUAUAAUAUAGUUCUCGACUUCAUAUAAUGAGAGUCAUUCGGUUUGUCAGAGUGUCAAAUGCAAACUCCAAUUCACGCCCCCCUAGCACCGGAUUAAGCAGAAUUCAACAUUUAAACAUGAAAAUGGUCAACAAUUCAUACAGCGGUUAUCAUGGACUUUUAAUGUGACACUUUGGUACUUGAAGCUUCUCCAUGAAAAAUGACAUAUGUUCCCUGAGUAAAAGAAAAUGUGUAUUCUAAACUGGAAAACAAUGGCGGAACUAAACAAAUGGAAUUUUGAAACGUGAUCAUAAAGACUACAGAGAGGACGUAAAAAGACAAAUAUAAAAAAUGAAACUUGCAAUUGAUAACAUUAUUAAGUGUAUAUAAUAUUAUCAUCUAAUCGGAAAUUUAAAGCAAUUAUCCUGUAUAUAAUAUUAUCAUACCUAUUUCUCUGCUGCUGACUUCUUGUUAUACUGCUUAUUAUCUGCUUUUUUAUAAAAAUUAAUAAAACAUAAAACAUG